AUGUUGACAGUAGAGGCGGUCCAUAUUGCCAAUCAGCUCUGCCAGUAUGGCUACUUCUUCCCGGUGAAUGACUCCAAGAUACUCACCGUAAGGGAUGAUAGUUCUCUGUAUAGAUUUCAGACACCAUGUUAUUGGCCGUGGCAACAUAGAAUCCCUGAUAACGUGGAAUACGCUAUUUAUCUGGCUAAGAGAACUCUGAGAAACAAGCAACGACAUGCUCUUGAAGAUUAUGAAAUUGAAGCUUUAAACUGCCUACGUAGGAACUUGCAGAACAAAUGGGAUGUUAUACAACUUCAAGCCGAAGAACAGGUACGCUUAGCGAAGGAGCGAAAGAAGGGAGAUAAAAUAGUAAGCGAUUCUCAAGAACGAGCAUUUUGGAGAGUUUACAGGCCGCCACCCGGUUGUCUAAGAAGUCUCGAGGUAGCACCCGUACCUACACGUUUUCGUCCUGGACAUUUUUCACGUCCUCCGUCGCGUAAACGCACUUUAACAGAUCUGCAACGCGAGGUGGCCCUUUUGAAGAACAGCUUAACGCGUACAAGGAUAAAGGUUUCGGCUGCGAUCGAAAAUUUGAAAUCAUACUUCGAAACGUACGUGGAAUACGAUCCGAUGUUUGUACAGCCUCAGCCUUCUAACCCAUGGAUUACCGAUGAUCAAACAUUUUGGCAGCUAAACAGUCCACUGGUGGAAGUUCCUACGGAAAAACGCGUUAAGCGCUGGGCGUUAUCAAUGGAAGAGUUAAUGUCCGAUCCUACUGGUUUGCAAGAGUUCACGAAUUAUUUGAGGAAAGAAUACAGCCACGAAAAUAUACGAUUUUGGUUAGCGGUUAAAGAUUUGAGGCAUAGUUUUCAAGCACAAAUACCCGACAAAGUCAACGAGAUCUUCAAAGAAUUCCUGGCACCUGGAGCACCUUGCGAAAUAAACAUAGACGGGAAGACGAUGGAAAAGGUUCAUCAAGAAAUGAGAAAUCCAAAUCGAUUCACAUUUGAUUCCGCCGCUGAACAUGUAUAUACGUUACUUCUGAAAAAAGAUUGCUAUCCUAGAUUUAUUCGUUCCGAUCAAUACCGAAAUCUUUUAGCUGCCGGUGUGCAACCUUUGCAAAAAAAGUGGUUUUUUAGCUUCGGCGUACAAGCGAAGAAGAAAAUUUCUUCCACUUCGACUUCGACUACGACUUCGACUUCGACUCCAACGACCAGCAUUUUGCAACAGCAUGCUGUAAGCAGCGGAGGAAGUAGUAGCAAACGCAGGGAAAGCGAACGAAGUCUUUCUGGAUCUGCUCACGAGCUAGCCGUUUGCGGUGUCCGAGAUACGACUUCGAUGCCUACAGUGCCGCAUUCUCACAGUCAAUCGAAUCUCACCGACAUUCCAUAUAGGGAUGCUGGCACGUCGGAGACGGUGGCUCGCCCUAUGGACGACGUUUGCCCGUGGGACGUGGCUCCAGGACCGAGUAUAGAGCACGCCACAGAUACCACGCAGCUGCAGCAUCCAAUGUCAUCUGGAGUGACGUCGUCGGUUGAAAGCCAAGCAGAAGAAGGCAACAACUUGAUUGGCCCGUCACAGUCUAUCGAAGUUGCACGUAUAUCUCGGAAAAAUUCCUCGCAAUUGGAUUCCUGUAGUUCUUCGUCUGACGUCAGCUUAGCAGUAGCAGAAGUAUCCGAACAUCUUCGAAAGUCUUGUAGUUUGCAACACAGUAGUAGUACAGCUGGUGUUACAAGUACCGAACGAAUCGGUCUAACAACGCGAAAUUAUUCCAUCGGCUCGACUAGCGGGAGAGUGAAAUUAGCAGAGAUUGGUCGGCCAUCCGCUUCGUCCUGUAAUUAUCCGUCGCCACAGCAUUCGUUCGAGUACUCUCAUGUGGCAGCUGAGAGAUCGGAUACGUCCACGAUAGGAAAGGAUAUCACCGAGGUGCCUGAAACUAACGCUAGGUCAAAAGUCUCGUUGUCAGAGAGGGAAGCAACGACGAAAACUUUGACCAAGGCUCCUCUAAUAAGCAUCAGCGCGAUCGUGGGCGAUUUAGCGAGCGACAACUCUACAGUUGAAGUGGAGGAAAAGCCGGAUGACGACUAUGCGACAGUGAUUAAGGAAGAACAGACAGAGAUAGAGACGAGGAAGCGAAAGCUGGAGCCUGACAAAGGUGACACAGCGGCGAUUACAGCCGAAGGAGAUUCGGCGAUUUCAGCUCAAGCAGAAACGGAGACGGAGGAAUCGCUGGAAGAGGCACAGGUUGUUCCUGUCUGGGAGCCGGACACCCGACAGGACGACCAAAUAGCACCCGUUACCGAACCAGCUCCUCAGCAAAAGCGUGACAAUAAUGUUAACGAAGUGUGCCCCUGGGAAGACGAGGAAAACUGUAGAGUGGAUGCACCCUAUGUGAAAACCUAUGCGACUUUAGGUUACUUAUAACUUGGCAUUGGUACUAAAUAUACAUUUUACAUAUAAACAUUCACAACUUCAAUUCCCAUUUUACUUCACUUUUGCCGAGUCCGAGUGCCCGAGCUGUUAAAAGUACCGGCUAUUAUUUACGGCUAUUUCUCCGUAUAUUUUCGCCUCAUUCCAGAAAAAAGACGUUUCGCUAGACGUUUAAACGAUUAUUUACACGUAACGUUAACGGAGAUACGAAAUCGUUCCGAACGAAGACAAGAUUGGGAAGGCUUUGAAAGCACGCGAAAGAGAAGAUAUUCGCGUACGUGAGUACCACGAAACGUCGCAAGGGGAUACGUAUGCGUAAGUGACAACGCGAAUAUUCAACUACGAUCCUCGAUGCGAUCAUCCUCGAUUUAAAA